AUGGACUUGGACAACCCAAGCAGCCCGGCGUCUACACCCGCCGAAGACCGACGCAAAUCGGGUCGCAUGACGCGACGACCCGAAGUCUUUUCGCAAAGCAAUCACUCCAUCAUCGAGGCCAAUGCCAGCGGCAAGCGCAAGCGUGGCGACGCGCUCGAUCAGUCGGACAGUGACAAUGACAUCUCGGAGUCUGAAAGUGACGAUGCGGGCGACGAAGAGGCCGACGAGGAGGAGCUAAGAGAAAAGCGACGUGCCCCUCGCAAGAAGGGCCCAAAGAAGGCCCCCGCCAAGAAAGGUUCCCAUGCGGCGAAGAAGCCCAAGGUUGCGAGCAAUGGCGUGGGAAGACAGCUGGCUUUCCGACCUGCAACAAACGGUCGACUGCCGAGGUCGCGUCCCCGCAAGAUCACAGUUCGACCUAGCCUGGCAUCCGGCGAAAAGGGAUUAUAUGCCGACGUUUUCGGAAAGAGCAACAACGCCGAGACGACCACCGCCCAAUGGUUGAGUCAAUACCAACGCGAUCCCGCAGUGGCUAUGCGCGACUUGGUUAAUUUCAUUCUCCGAUGCACAGGAGAUGAUCUGGAAAUCACCGAGGAGCAGGUGGUGGAGGUGGACCAUGCUCCUGAACACAUUACCGAGCUGCAAGAGGUCUACAUCGCUCAUAAGAUCCCGGAUUAUCCCCUCGUUUCCAAAGAGAAGAAAUACCGCGCAUUCCAACCGGUUCUCGAGGAGUUCUUCGCCGCAUUGAUCCAGACUUUCCACCACUCCUCGAUUCUAUACACCGACGUGGCUCUUCUCGAGAAUAUCCAAAUUUGGAUCUCUUGUAUCUCGACAGCAGGUAUUCGGCCUUUCCGGCAUACGGCAACUAUCAUCUCGCUAGCUAUGACAACCGCUCUGUGUGGAAUUGCACGGGAAGUAACGACAACUGUGACCACCUCCCGCAAGCAGCUCGAGAGCGAGAAGAAAAAGAAGACCGUGAACAAAGGCCGGGUGGAAGCGAUCCAAACCGCAAUCUCUGAGGGUGAAGCCAAGAUCGAACGCCUGGACGAGUUCUUGCAAGAUGGGUUCGACACCGUCUUUGUCCACCGCUAUCGGGAUGUGGAUGGCGUUAUUCGGGGCGAAUGCCUGGCGUCUCUUGGUAGAUGGAUCGCCACAUACCGAGAAAUGUUCUUCGAGGGCCAAUACUUGCGAUAUCUGGGAUGGAAUCUGGCUGAUGUGGUUGCUCACACUCGCUUGGUAGUCCUGACGCAAUUGCUGCCUCUUUACGAAAGCAAGGACAAUGUUGCUGUUCUCCAUUCCUUUACGGAUCGCUUCCGUCCGCGUAUUGUGGAGAUUGCUGCGCAGGAUGCCGACAUCAAUGUUCGUGUGGCUGCAAUUGAGCUGCUGAACCACCUUCGUGAAGGGGGAUUGCUUGAACCGGACGACAUUGAUGCCAUUGGUAAAUUGGUUUUCGAUAUCGAUCCUCGGAUACGGAAGACGGCAGGUCGCUUCUUCGUUUCCAACGUCCAGGAUGCGUUCGAGUCGUCGACUGAGGAGGUGGCGGAUGAGAUGAACGAUAUGUUUGCCGAGGACGACGAUGAGGACGAAUUCGAGACGCCCAAGCGCUCAUGGAUCAAGUUCAAGGCGCUGGUGGAUAUCUUCCAGGCUUAUGAUGACCACGGCGAGGAUGAGGCGCCUGAACAGGCCACAUCACGCGGUGUGCUUUCUGGAGCUCCAGCAGAUUCGCGAUUCGUUUUGGCCACCGAAGCUAUCUACCCGCACAUGGAAGAACUCUCUCAAUGGCAGUCUCUCGCUGGCUAUUUGCUGUAUGAUCAUUCGCAAAUUGAGGACGAGCCGGAGGAAGACGAUACUGCGGGAGUUGUGCGGACAUUGUACAAGAUGAAUGAGGGGCAGGAGUCUAUUCUUCUUGAGAUUCUAUGUGCCGCAGUCAAGCUCCGCGUGCUUGAUGUCGCCAAGUCCGACAUCGACAAGCGCGGACGCAAGGUCAAGGCUCUGACUGCUAAGAUUCCUGAGCUGCAGGAGGAAAUUUCUCAUGGCCUUGCUCAAAUCAUUCCUCAACUUUUGAACAAAUUCGGAUCAGCUCCCGAGGCUGCAUCUGCUGUUCUGCGUCUCGAGCAUCUAGUUGACUUGGAUACUAUUCAAGAUCUCCAGAAGGAUGCUACCGCGUACACAUCAUUGCUGAACGAUAUCAACAAGCAGUUCCUGACCCAUUCAGACCAGGACGUCUUGGCUGAGGCUAGUGUUGCUUUCUUGCAUGCCAAGAGCUCCGAGGAAAUGCGUGAGGCUCUCGAGGGUAAAGUUCAGGAGUUGUGGGACGACAUGAUUGACACCCUUGGCGCGCUGUCUCGCAAAAAGGAAGUCCAAGCGGCCGCCUACAUUUCAGAUCCCACCAUUACCGAUCUUGCCAACACUGUUACGCGCAUUUUCAACCUCUCUACUAUUACCGAUUGUACAACCAUCCUGGAGACAGUGCCCAAGUCUCACUCAAAAUCCAGGAAAGAUACUCCCGUAGCCCCCUUCAAUACCCUCAUCCAUCUGAUUCAGCGUGGCACUCGCACGUUGGACGAGGAUGAGGAUAUUGCCAAGGCAGAGACUGAAGUGGUAGCCAACAGCAUCCGGACCUUGCUUUUCUAUUUCAUGUGGAAGGUACAGGCUCUCACAGCUGCAUUGAAGGAAGGGAAAGCGACAUUUACUACAUCAUACUUCGAAGCGAUCACCAAAAGCCGCGAGGCCUUUUCCUCUGCUCUUCUUGCUAUUAUGCAGAAGCGUGCUGGACUCGAUGAUCUUCGAUUCACAGCAGUAACAACGUAUCUGGACCUUCACACUCUCUUCGGCACUCUUCGCAAUAUCGGCCAGGGUGUCGGAAAUGAUGAGGAUGUUCUCUUCCAAGCUCAGAGCCUUGUGCACGAGAUUCCGUCGGCGGGUGAAUCUCUCGUCGCAAAGAUCCAAAGCGGUGCCGAGCGUCUCUUCGCUAAAAAGUCAAAUCGCAACCUUGAACCUGCAGAAGAUGAUGCACCCGCUUCCGAGGACGAACCCGAGGAUGACGAGGAGGAGGGCGAUUCCGACGAUGAAGCCGUCACCAACGAGCGCCUCCGUAGCAGCAUGAUUGCGGAGCAGCGUCUCUGUGAGUUGACUGGUAAGCUCGUGCUAGCCAUCAUCGGCCGCGUGAUUGAUGCCUCCGGGUCGAAGCGCGGCUCACUCAAGAAGCGACUCCUGCGAAACAAGAACGGGCUCGGCCAGAACUACCGUGAGGUCCUGUCGUAUCUCGAGGAGCGCAAGCCUCGCAGCGCGCCACGCAGCAGGGCUAAGCAGUCCGCCAAGGCCGGCGCCGAAGAAGGCGAGGCGCCUGCCACAAAGAAGGACUUCAAGUCUGCCGAGCGAGUUGACGAUGAUGAUGACGAUGAGGAGGAGGAAGGUGACAAUGCUGAUCCAGUGGAGGAAGAUGACGAGGAAGACUUGCGCACUCGUGGUCUUGUGAACGAAGAUAUUGACCGCGAGAAUGAUGAAAACGAAGAGCUCGAGGACCCAGAACCCGAAUCGGAUGAGGAUGAGGUGAUGGGUGAUUAA